UACAAAUAAUACGAAAAGUUAAAAUCAAAAUUUCUAUUCUAUUCAUAAUUAUUUUUAAGUUUUAUUUACAAAAAAAGACAUUUUACAAUUUAAAACAGUGACUCUUCAUAAUUCUGUUUCGAUAGUUUCUUUUAAGUUUGUUUUUGUGUAUAUAUUUUAUAAUGACAAUUACAGAACAAAUACGACAUACCUAAUUGAGAAUAAAAAUAAAUAAAAAGAAAAAAAAUGUUUCGAAGUCGUAGUUGGUUCGGAGGGUCAUGGAAUCGUCCCAAAAAUCGACUUUCCCUAGACCAUUUGAAAUAUUUAUACAGUGUCCUCGAGAAAAACGCUACGGUUUCAGAGAAUAAUCGUGGACUCCUUGUAGAAUCACUCAGAUGUAUUGCAGAGAUUCUUAUUUGGGGUGAUCAACAUGAUUCUUCAGUUUUUGAUUUCUUUCUGGAGAAAAAUAUGCUGUCAUUCUUUCUUCAUAUAAUGCGACAGAAAAGUGGUGGCUCUAGUUACGUUUGCGUUCAACUGCUUCAAACAUUGAAUAUUCUUUUUGAAAAUAUUCGAAAUGAAACAUCACUUUAUUACCUUUUAAGCAACAACCAUGUUAAUUCAAUAAUUGUUCAUAAGUUUGAUUUUUCCGAUGAAGACGUUAUGGGAUAUUAUAUUUUAUUUUUAAAAACAUUAAGUCUUAAACUUAAUACUCAUACAAUUCAUUUCUUUUAUAACGAGCACACAAAUGACUUUCCUCUUUAUACAGAGGCAAUCAAAUUUUUUAACCAUCCGGAAUCGAUGGUGAGAAUUGCUGUUAGAACGAUUUCAUUAAAUGUUUACAAAGUUCAAAAUGCUAGCAUGCUGCAGUUCAUCAGAGAUAAAACCGCUGCUCCGUACUUUAGCAACUUGGUUUGGUUUAUUGGAAAACAUAUUCUAGAAUUAGAUGCAUGCGUUCGGACGGACAUUGACCACCAAUCAAAUCAGAAACUCUCAAAUCUGGUUGCUGAACAUCUCGAUCACUUGCAUUACCUUAAUGAUAUUCUGCUUCUUGAAAUUCGCGACUUGAAUGCAGUUCUCACCGAACACCUUCUUCACAAGCUCUUCGUUCCCUUAUAUAUAUUUUCUCUAACUCCAGCCCCACCACUAUCAAUGGCUGUAGUUACACAAAAUUUGGCAGCUGUUUUAAACAAGGUUGUUGACAUUGACAUUCAAGAAAUGAACAAUCCACGUGUAUCACCGAUUGUUGCCUUGUACCUUCUUUCUUUGGUUUUCUUGGUUAUAACACAUGGACCUUUAGUACACGCCUUGGCUUGGGUAAUAUUGAAUGCGGAUAGUAAAGUAUUUACCGAAGGUGCUGCGGAGAUCUUGAAUGCGUAUGUUGAGCGUCGAGAAGUAGUUGUACCCGGAUUUAUCGAACCAAGAGAAAGUUUGGAAAAGGCUUUGGACACAGUAGCGACAGCUUCAUCUUCUUCAACCAUUUGCGUAGAAGAAAAUGUUGCCGCAGUUUUGGAACAAGGCUCAAAUUCGGAUAUGGACGAUCAAAAGUCGAGAGUAAAAUCAUCAAAUAUCACAGAUGAAGAAAAAGAGAAGCUUAAAAAACUCGUUGAUUCAUCAACUUCUGAUAUGCUUCGUCCGUUUUUGAAUGUUGUAACCUCAUCGUUAGACUGUGUUGAAAAUGACUAUCUGGCUUUGCUUUCACUAUGCCUUAUAUAUUCGAUGGCAAAUAAUCGAGGAGUGAGUAAAGAAUGGCUGGAUCAAGUUCUUACCAAAUGUGGAAAAUCACCACAAACGUACAAAACCGAAUUGGUGGAAAGUCUACUCAACAUUAUAAAUUUAUCUAAUCAACCUUCUUGUAGAAUACGUCUCAUCACGUUAGAAAUAUCAUUGGAAUUGCUAGUAUCCUUUACAAAACCCAACACCGACGAAUGUUGCAUUACUGAGGCCCAGCAACAUACCCUCUUUCUAGCUCAGUGUCAAUCAAUGAAUGCGUUAAGGAAUUUUUACAUGUCUGAAGAAAUAUUUCUUGAUCUCUUUGAGGAUGAGUAUAAUGAAAUGAAAAAAUCGAUCCUCAAUGUAGAAUACUUGUGCAUGGAUUCAACUAUUCUUCUACCUCCAACUGGAACACCAUUAACUGGAAUAAGUUUCACACGACGAUUGCCAUGUGGUGAAGUUGAAAAAGCUCGUCGGGCUAUACGAGGAUUCUUCCUAUUGCGACGUACUUGUCAGAAAUUUUUAAAUGAAACAGAAACAAUGCUUCCUUUGACAAAUAUUACAAACUGCGUUCAAGUGGAUAAUGUUCUCGACUUGAAUAAUAGCGACCUGAUUGCUUGUACAGUUAUUGUUAAGGACAACACCAAACAAAGAAGAUUCCUGGUUAUUGAUACACUACAGUUGAUUUUAGUGGAACCAGAUGCCAAGCUCUUGGGUUGGGGUGUUGCGAAAUUUGUUGGCUUUCUUCAAGAUGUUGAGGUAGUUGGUGACAAAGAUGAUUCUCGUUGCUUACACAUUACAGUUCAUAGAGGUGGUGCUUCACAUAAUCGCACGCCACUUUUAUCAGCGAAGUUUUUAUUUGACGAUCACAUCAGAUGUAUGGCAGCUAAGCAAAGGCUUACAAAGGGUCGAAGCAAAGCUCGCCAAAAAAAGAUGUACCAAAUUGCUCAACUGUUAGAAAUGCCAGCGCAAUUAGUCGACUCACCAGUAUAUGCAGUAUCAAAACUUCGUUCUGGAGCUAUUUCAAGAGCUUCGCGGGAUCAUAGGCCAAUUUUCUCUAGUGCUGGUCGCGUACCGGGUUUUGCAGCCGCCUUGAGAAGAGAUAAUACACCUGGCGCAGGUGUGAGUCGAAUAAAUAUGGCCCAAAAUAGAUCAGUAGAAGGAAUCCGCACUGAGAACAGUGGUCGUUCUAGACGUCGGGGGUCUAAUACCAGUUCCGGAUCUUCUACACCAUCUACUGACGUACAUGAAGUGUCAACGGAUCGUAAAAGCAAUUCACAAUCACGUGAAAAUUCAAGAAAUCGUUCUCCACGGUCCCGAGAGAGUAGUCCGAGAUUGUCUUUGCCAAGAUCGGAAGAAAUUCCCCUUGAAGACUUUCAGAAUUCAAGAACUAGUAGUCAACAUUCGCGCAGUUCAUCAAAUGCCCCAUCUCGUUCGCAAACACCAUCAAAAGCCAAAUACGAAAUAACGUCCCCACAUAUUACAUUGCCAAAUCUGAAUGCAACAUCUUUGGCUACACAAAUCAACGGAAUCGCAAUAGCUAAUGAUGUUGCUGCAGUGAGUUCAGAAGAAACUUCUUUUAUAUCACAAGAAGACCAAGAAAGACGUAGAGGAACGAUUGAAACCGUCUAAUAUAGAUCAUGUUUUAUAUUAUUUAUAGAAACAAAAAUAUUAUAUUUUUUCUUCUUUUAAGAUGUUGUUAAAUUUAUAUAGAAUAGAAUAUAAGUUAUGAGUUGAAUUGUUUUUUGAUAUUCAUAUAAAUUCCCAAGAAAAAAAAAAUAUAUGUUACAUAAUUCCUCAUUA